AUCCAUAUUUUAAUCAACGAGUCACACUUUCAGGUUCAGUUUUACAAAACAGACACAUACAAUACAAUAUAAAUGAAUAACAAGAUACAUGUGUCAGAAUGAUAUAUAUUAAAAUUAAUAAAUUCCAGAAAAUUUCCCACGUUGCUUUAUUUAUCCCAACCGAAAGAUUCCCUCCUGAUGGUGGCAGUAAAUUGACGUCAUGGCUUUUAAGCUAAAAUCGAGACCGCCGAAGAAGAAAAGGCGGAAGUUGUCAAUUCUGUUCAGUAGAGGAGGUUGCGCGAUUCUAUAAUUUGCAUAACAGUUAUUCCGUUUCAUACGAACAUCGUCGAUGGCGUUUGAUAAUUAAAAACUAUCAAGUCUUUCCGUAGGUAUAAUUUCAUCUCCGUCAACGCUUGUCAACUUCGCUUUAGCUUCGUAACCGAAGACUGCGGAAGUGGUUUCGAUUGUUUAACAACACAACAGCGGUGCUCUCGUAAAAAUGUGUAAAGUCCAAAUGCUGAGGGCUUUGGUGGCCAGGCGACUAACCGAAGCCGCCGACGAAAUAUUUGGACUCUUUGAAAGGACGAUAACGGAGUACGAGGAGGAACUGUGUCGCUCCAAAGAGGAAAACGAGCGGCAGCGACAGCUACUGGACGCGUUUCUCCGGCCCAGUGUGCAACAACACAUCACGUACAGCAGCCAACAAACAUGAAAAAAGAGUUAACCCCUGAGGAGCACGAGUGGCACGGCAGUGACGAAGAGCAGAAAACACCGGAGCCCUGCCACAUUAAAGUGGAAGAACUCUGGACCAACCCGGAAGGAGAAAUUGGGAACGGGGGAGGUGAUGAUGUCAGGUCGCUGCACUUUCAUCACAGCAAGCCAGCAGAAACCUCGUUGGAUGAGAAUCUUCACAGUAACACAGACUCCCAAGGUCACAUCAAGAAGUUUCAGUGCGGCGAUUGCGGCAAGACUUACGCUUCCAGGGCGAGCUUGAAAAGGCAUACGAUGAGUCACACGGGCGUGAGACCGCACAGGUGCUCGAUAUGCGCUAAGAAUUUCAUGCAGCGCUCCGAUUUAGUCGUGCAUUUGCGGAGUCACAGCGGAGUGAAACCUUUCGCCUGCACGCUUUGCUGUUGGAAGUUUGCCAAAAAGAGCAGUCUGAUGUUGCACAUGAGGCGACACACGGGGGAGAAGCCUCACCGUUGCCCGGUGUGCGGCAAGCGAUUCAGACACCGCUCCAGUCUGGUGGAACAUUCACACAUCCACAUCCAGGGGAACGUUUACUCCUGCUCUGUGUGCGGCGCCGGAUUCUCGGGGAAACGCGGCUUGGUGGCGCACAGGAAAAUACACAACGGAGAACCGACGCUUUCUUGCUCCCUUUGCCAAAAGAAAGUAUCGAGCGCACGUUACUUGGCGUUACACAUGAGGAUACACACCGGGGAGGAAAUAAACCUGGAAGAUUCUCAGCAGUUUGAUGACGAACAAACUUCAGUGAGGACAACGUAGCCUCGGGAGUACUUUUGAUUCAACUCCUCAAACUCUGACGUCGAUGUGAUAUCUGUGUAUCAUGUUCUUACACUACUCCGAAAUUUGAUGAUGAACUUAAAAUAACCUUCAUCGCUGAAAGAAUGACGUUUAGGUUGGAGUGCAUUUUAGGUUGCUUCUGAAAUUGUAACUGAAGUCAUCGCCGAAAGUUGGCCUGCCUGAUUCAAAUUGGUAUUUUUCUGCCUUUUUGUUAACACUAUUAAAUCUAUUUAUUACUAACAGUGGAACCUUCAAAGGGUGUUCAAAUGUUUUCUAAUCCGUUGCCUGUUUAGUUAAUAAAAGUUUUGCGUUGGAGACAAUUUCAGCUUGGGGGAAAAAAAUGUUUGUCUGGAGAAUGAUAAUCUGUGUUUGCAGUACGCCACGGUGCAAAAUAAGCACCCUUGAGCAAUAUUUCCUGUCAAUGUGGCCUGAGAUAUGAUUGUACCGAUAACACCGCCCUUCCUGAGUACUCCGAUUAUUUUUUUUAGCAUUUCAAGCAAAUCUCAAGUGUAAAGUUGUGCCUUCUUGACCGAUGUCAUUUAUUGACUCUUGCAAGACCACAAUGAACCUUGUGGGAUUCUUCUGCUCGUGUUUGCCGGUUGCGUUCGCAGCGUUAUCUUUCCUUUGGAUGCCCGACUGCGCCCAAUCGGGGCUCGAUAGCUGCGCGAUUAAUUAUAACUGCACGGACGAAUACAAGGUUGUGGCCCGACAGCGUGCCCCCACCGCACCUGAGUGGGGUCUGGACUACGUGGGAAUUGGUGUUGACCACCGCGUGACCGUUCCCAUCAUGAAUGUAACCUGGAUGCUAAAAUCAGACGCAAGUUUACAAACACUCCAAGGCUCGCAGUUGCAUAUUAUUGAGAAGCAAACCAAUCAAAGUGUGUGCGUGCAGUUUACUUACAGUGUCAAGCAGCAGCUCGAUCCCAAUUUUCGCAAGUGGACCUUUUCAUUGUCCGGGCUGGCGGUGGAGCCAGGCCGAACGUAUACGUUGUUAGCUUUUAAUUUGCCAAAACCGGACGUUGGAGAUUACGCCAUCACAAAGCAAGUGACAAUCCCAGGAUGUGAUGACAAAAGAAUCCAAAACUCCCAGAUGUGUUUGGAAAACGGUAGCCUUUGGGAUGCUCAAGUCGCGACUGCUUUGUCAGUGGAAAAACAUCAAAAAUUGUCACUUUUUGUGGGCUUUGAGGUGGAUGAGCAUUCGGACAUAUACCAAGUCUCCAUUCAGAGCGACGGCAUCCAUUUCUCAAAGAAUGUCUCCAAGGAGAACAGAACAUCUUUCAAUGUCACCUUUGCCUUGGAUGUGUCAAAGCUCUUGACAUGUCAACUGCUGAUAACGAUUAAGCCAUUUUUCACAAGAUGCAAAAAUGACGGCUGCCGUCCACAGCAGAUAAAAAUCAAUUGCUGUUCAUAUUUUCCACCACGGACUACAAUGAUAAAGGGCUCAGUGGGGCUGGUCUUUGCUGGUGUUUGUUUUGUGUAUCUGCUCCGGGCCGCAUCUUACAAAGAUCACGUCAGUGCGUCGUCAUUGGCUGUCAAGCAACAACCGCAAUAUUUCCAAGUGGAAGAAAGAAAAAGGGUCUUCAUCCUCUACUCCCUUGACCACCCACUAUACAAAAAUAUCAUUCUCAAAUUUUGCGCCUUCCUAACAGCCAAAUGCGGCACUGAGGUGAUACUGGAUCUACUGGAUUCCACCCGACUGGGAACACUGGGCCGUCUCCAGUGGCUGGACUGGCAGAGAGAACGAAUCGAAGGCUCUUCGGAUAAGAUCCUCCUCCUGUGCUCACAAGGGGUGCGAGCCAAAUGGAGAGCCAUGUGUGGAGAGAAACGGGUUCUACUAAAGGAGGACCUACGCUCGCCCGUGGGCGACAUGCUCACUCCGGCUCUCGGCCUCAUCGUCCCACAUCUGGUGCGCCAUGCUUCCUUCGAGAAGUACAUGGUGGCUUACUUUGAAGAUGUUUGUUCCCCGGAAGACGUCCCCCCGCCGUUCAACGUCACAGUCCGAUACAAGCUCAUGAAGCAGUUCGAGGAGCUCUUCUUCAGAAUCCUGGACACCGAAAAGCACGGGCCGGGGCGAGUUUGUCACAUCGAAGGACUCGCGGAGGGGGGGUAUCACCGUUGCCCCUCAGGUCGGGCCUUGCAGGAGGCAUUAGAGGCUUUCAGGGAGUACCAGCUGGAGCACCCGAGGUGGUUUGAUGAGGAACGAGUGGAGGACUUGGAAGUUGAGGAGCAAGUCCUAUAAUGCAGGGUUAUCUUUUUCUCUUUUUUUUAAGUGCACAACUAAAACAAACACACCAAAUUCUCCUCUGUUGAGUUGAAUUAACAUUAGGAUAAUGAGGUUGUCCUUGGAAAUGUUUCCUCUCUAUAAAGCCUCCCUGCAUAGGCGGAGCUAGGAUAUUUCUUUUCUUGGGGGGGGCAAAGGAUAUUUCAGGGGGUCCGCAA